AUGGACCGCCUUUCAUGCAACGUCAUCUAUGUGAAUCGCCUUGUUGGCGAGGAUAGACUGCUAGGUGCUGCACCGGAUACAAACAAUGCAGCCAACGAGAAUGCUCAGCUCGGCUGGAAUCGCGACCACGCCCGAGAGCUUGUGCAGCCAUUGCUUGACACCUUCGGCGACGACCAGCGUGCUCUUUCCGGGUCAUCUCCUUCCACCCCUCCCCUUGUGGCUCAGGCCUCUGAAAUCCACACGCCCAAUGAAGAGCUGUACGGGCUGGGCUUGUUGCAAAAGAUCAUUACCGAGGCUCACCUCCGCAACAUCUCAAAACUUGUCGUCCCCGUGGCCGUCAUCAGCCACCCCGAAACAACUGUGCCCAACGGUGGCCACCAAAUGACUGACGGUGCUUCGGAAGCAGCACCAGUUCCUCAAGCCACUCUGGCUGCGAAUCGCCAGCUAAUGAGAACGUGCCUGGAUCUGGGCGCCGUCGACGUCCUGAUAAGCCCGCUCAGCCCAAAAUGCACCACCACCCUCGAGAUCUGUGCCUACAAAGCACACAGGGACGCCGCCAAGGAGCAGCAAGCAUUGAUGGCGGUCGCCAAGGGUCGAAAGCGAUCUUGGGUCGGCGUCAAUGAACAAAAGCCAUUCGCAUACCUGCGUGAGGCCAUGGUAUCCGGGCUCAUGAACGGCAUAUGUCGCCUCGACAGCAACGACGGACAACUUGCCGGGGCCCAUAUUGCGGUAUCUUCCACCCGUCAAGUCGAAAUCGCCGACGCCGUGGGCCGGUGGCACUUCUGCGCUCACUCCUUCUCCGAUGACGAGUUGCUGGUUGCCGCACUCAUCAUAUUUAAACACGCUUUGGCCGAACCAGAAUUGGAGCCAUGGCGGAUACCGGCAGACCAACUUAUUAGCUAUCUCGUCGCCUGCCGUGCUGCCUACAACAGCUUUGUCCCGUAUCACAACUUCCGACACGUCGUGGAUGUCCUCCAAGCCACCUUCAACUUUCUUGUCCACAUUGGAGCCCUCGCACCAUAUCCACUGGGGCGCCAACAAGACACUGUUGCGGAAAAAUCACCCAUUGCAGCACUUUUGGGUCCUUUUGAAGCGCUCACGCUUCUCGUUACUGCCAUCGGUCACGAUGUAGGCCAUCCCGGUGUCAACAAUGGCUUUUUGGCCACGUUGAACGCACCCCUGGCACAACUGUACAACGACAGGUCGGUUUUGGAGUCAUUCCACUGUGCUGCCUACUCCCAGAUCCUCCGCCGGUACUGGCCAUCGGCCUUUGAAGACAGGAAGAUGCGCAGUCUCAUGAUUAGCUCGAUUCUCGCAACGGACAUGGGCCUUCACUUCGACUACAUGAAGAAACUUGGUGAUGUACAGGAAAGAGUGCAGGACAACAACAGCACCGACGGCUGGAACGGCCGUCAGCUUGAGGAUUCCAAGGCACUCGCAUGCUCCCUGCUGAUCAAAUGUGCCGACAUCAGCAAUGUGGCUCGACAUCAUGACACCGCCCUGAAGUGGAUGCACAUACUCUCCGAAGAGUUCUCAAGGCAAGCCUCUAUGGAGGAUGAGUUGGAUAUCAAGUCGUCGCUCAUGGCGCAGCCCAAGAAGGAUAUACUCUCCUUGUCUAACGCACAGCUUGGGUUUAUGAACAUGUUUGCUAUGCCAUUAUUUCAAGGAGUCGCAGACAUCAUGCCAGCCAUGCGUUACACGGUGGUUGAGCUCGAAGUUAAUAAGAGACUCUUCGAACAAAAGGUGCAACAAGAAAGGGCAAGGCAGUCCCCCGAUGAACUGAGGCUAAGACGCGGCAUCCGAGAGGGUGCCUUUUCGCCCAGAACUAGAAGUUUGAUUGGCGAGAGCGACAAGCCAGAGGGUCAGGCGCAAGCUGUUGCCAGUACCGAGCCGGUCAAGAAUUUGACAGAUGGAGCAACGGAGGUGGACGGGGAUGCACCGCGGGUCGUGGCCGACGUUGCCGACAGAGUCGAAGAGCAGGCACCAACCGUGACCGAGGAGCCGGCUGAUAGUGCUGUCAAAAUCCCUCCUUGUGGUACCGCGGCUCCGCGCCAGGAUCUCAACGGGACUGCAUUCACUUUCGACGCGGUGCGAGAGCUAGCUGAAAGUGACCCUUUCAACUGCCGGUCACGGGGUGACAGCGGCACUACAGAGAGCAAAACUUCAAGACAGCGAUGCAGCGAAACCACCGAGGGCAGCGCUUCUGGUGCCACCGCCGGAGAUUGGCACUCACAGGCCACAACUGCCACGACCGGAAAGCUGGCGCUCUCUCCAAGCACGCAGGGUACUAGUAUCGUAAGUAACGAGUCCGUGGAGCGGACACUAAGCGCUACCGGCUUGAACGUGUCACCGCCGAGUACCUCGAGCCAUGGGUCGCCCGGCACGGUCCUCCGUGAUACAGGAGCAGGAGGUGACGAGUCAAGUCACGGUGGCAGUAUCGUCAAGGCAGAAGGAAAGUCUCUGAGGAAGAAAUCAAGUCGGUUUAGGAUGAAGGACUUUCCUUUUUUCAGGAGAAGUAAGGCAUCAAGCCCUCCCCUUCCAGCCUCGGACGCAACAACUUGA